CCAAAUUUAUCCCGGAAUAAGGACAGCACGCAUGUGCCAUGAACCCGGAUGUAUCGAGAUUUGGAAGAACAAAAGCGUCGGACAGAAAAUGAAUCAGGAUUGUUUGUCAAAAGUAAAGGAAUAAGGCAGGUUAGCUGGGUAAAGUAGGGCCUUACAGGUACGCGCGCGCUUAAAAUGAUUGAUUAUACCAGUUAAACAUAAACCGCGAUUACAUGCAUUUGUAUUGUUGCACCAACGCCGUACCAAAUCCAUGCAUGGAAAUUUGAUCAACAAUCCAUAUCGAAACUUUAUAAAUUAACAUAUUUAUCGCCGUUACUUUCAGUUUGCAGUACUGCAAUGCAUUUAAUUCACGUCUACGGAAAGAAGUAUGAGCGCGGCAGCAACUGGUCCGAACCGGAGGUGCUCGAACUUCUGCAGAUCUGGUCGGACGUGCCCGUUCAAACCGAGCUGGUGACUUGUCUCAGAAACCAGCAUGUGUUCAACCGAAUCGCAAGCACCCUGCGCCAGAAAGGCAUCAAUCGCACCGGGGAUCAAUGCAGGGAGAAGAUCAAAAAGUUGAAGUUGGAGUACAAGCAGAAGACUUUGAGAUCCGCGAGGUAUUAUGAGCUCAUGGAGAAAGCUCAGAGUAACCGCACCGCCGCAGCAUCGGGCGCCACUUUGCCUUUAUGGGGCGAUACCACCACAAACGAGGUGGCUGGACUCCAGGGCGAUGCUCCCGGGGCAGAGGUACCGGGACACUCGUCCAUAGCGAGUGAAAUACUGGAGAUCAAGACGGAGGUCAUGAGCUCGGACGAUGAGGCGACGGGCCCGCCCGAGAUGCUGUAUGAGUUCGGACCUGUUGAUGAUGAUGAUGAAGCCAGUGCUGAUCACAAAAACGCGGUGCCAAACACAGAGGAACUGACAUUCACGGAUGGGGAGCAGGGGAACAACACACACGUCACUUGUUCCCCAUCAGAUUUCAGUGACCAGAACAUGACUGUCUCCUCUGGUGCGGGUGUAUCCCCAGCAACAGCUCCCAUAGCGAUUAGAGAAAGAGGUAACAAUGGCAACCAAGAAGGCCACAGGGGUUCCGGAUCAUUCCUUCAGAGGAAGCGUCGCAGGUUGGGACGAGGGGGUGACGGGGUGUUGACGAACGCCCUUGCCGGUUAUCUGAGCUGGCAGCAGCCGGCAGAAGAGCGUUUCCUCGCACUAGAGGAGGCGCGUAUGCGGCAGGAGGCACGGGCCGAAGAGCGCCGGGAGAAACAGGAGGAGAAACGAGCGCAGCAGGAGAGAGAACACGAGUUUCGCCUUAUGUCUAUGUUGACCAGAGUCCUGAACUCCACACGAAGAGCAGAGACCAGCGCCACCCCUCUCCUUUUACCAAACUCCUUACAACCCUUGUUACCAUAUCCGUCAUCCACAAGUGCCAAAGCUCCAGCUGUACCCAUAAUGGCAUGGGGUGAUCAGACACGCCAGUACAACCCGUACCUCUCUCUCCGUGGCAACAAAUUGCAGCUGCAACAGGGUAUCCUGAAGGAAGGCUACACACAAUAUCACGCCAACAAGCACGACGAGAACACAAACCCUGAUGGUAUUAUCAACUUGGGAACCAGUGAAAACAAGCUUUGCUUUGACCUCCUGCAGAAACGGCUAAUGCGACCCGAUAUGCUGCAUGUGGAGCCUUCUUUUCUGCAAUACCCUGAUUGGAAAGGCCACAGUUUCCUUAGAGAGGAAGUUGCCAAGUUCCUGUCUGACUACUGCCGUUCUCCCAGUCCUCUAAAAGCAGAGCACGUUGUUGUUAUGAACGGUUGUGGGUCUGUUUUCUCAGCGUUGGCAGCUGUGAUCUGCGACCCAGAUGAUGUCAUUCUCAUCCCGUCCCCCUUCUAUGGUGCCAUAUCAGAGGAUGUGGGUGUGUACAGCAGUGUUAAACUCCACCAUGUGCCACUGGAUAGUCAGCCCACAGGAAGUGAUGUCAGACCGUUCCAGCUUACUGUUGAAAAACUGGAGAACUCUCUCAAAGAGGCCAAGAAAGAGGGAUUAAACGUCAAAGUGCUUAUCCUGUUAAACCCACACAAUCCUCUGGGAGAACUGUACUCUGCAGAAGAGAUGACCAGCUUUAUAAAAUUUGCCAAAAAGCAUGAACUUCAUGUGAUUGUGGAUGAGACGUACAUGCUCUCAGUAUUCAAUGAGACAGACAUGUUUUGCAGUGUUCUUAGUUUUGAUAGGUUGCCAGAUCCUCAGAGAACCCACAUUAUGUGGGGCGCCAGUAAGGAUUUCGCAAUGGGAGGGAUGCGGGUCGGUAUGGUCUACUCCCAAAACCGAGAUGUGGUUCAGGCCUUGGAUAAGCUUGGAAACUUCCAUGGUGUCCCAGGACUUACACAGUACCAAAUGGCCCAACUUCUCAGAGACAGAGUCUGGCUGAAUAGUGAGUUCCUUCCAGAGAACAGACGCAGGCUAAGAGAAGCUCACAGCUAUUUGACAGGAGAACUGAAGGAACUGGGAAUUCCUUUCCUGCACAGGGGUGCUGGCUUUUUCGUCUGGGCUGACCUGAGGAAGUAUCUAAAGGAGAAAACGUUUGCUGAGGAACUGUCUAUGUGGAGUUGUUUUAUCAAACACAAGGUUCUGCUAAGUUGUGGUCAGGCCUUUAACUGCACCUCACCAGGAUGGUUCAGAAUAAUCUUCAGUGAUCAACAGCACAAACUAAAGCUAGGUGUGCAAAGGAUAAGGAAAGCUUUGGAAGACCUUCAGAGCUCCGCCAUGCUUGAGUCGCAGGAGACGACAGGAGACACACAAGACAACACCAGUGAGUCAGUGAGGAGAGAAGACAUUAAGAAUACAAAAGAAGAGGACACAAACAAAACAGUAAAGACCUCAAGUGUUCAAACCAAACAUCAAAAUGACUCUGUCUGCAUUAAGACCGAGCCCGUCUCAUUGGCUGAUGAGGACUUUGUAUCUAUUAAUGGCCAAUCCACCAUCAACUCGGAGAGUCUAAGCUAUCUGAUUGGUACUCUGCAGCAGCAGAUCCACUCGUCUGAUUGGCUGGAGAAGAACACACCUGAACUAGCUCCAGGAGAGGACCUGAAACAAUUGGAUGUUUUUACAGAUCUGCUAAACAGAGCCAGGAAGUAGAGUAACACCAGAGACAAAACAAAGUUAGUUUAACACAACUGUCAAUACGAAUGAUUUUUUUUUUUAAUGAAAACCUUGUGUACAGUUUAAAGGAAAAGUCUGUAAUUGCAGAUAUGACACCAAUAGGAGCUCCGUAAUUAUUAAAUAAUGAUUACUUUAUUAAGUAUGAUCCUGGCCGUCGCAGUAAUUGGAGAAUGCCCCUUUAAUCACUCUGAAAUGUCAGAUUUUAGAUGGCCAAUCUGUUGUUUAUAUUGAUUUAAAGGGGUUAUUUCAUACAUUUCCUUGAUCUUUUAAAAUAUCAGCAGCAUAAAUAGCAUGUUGAAUAACAAUGGACACAGAGCAUGGAAAAUGAAAAUUUUCCUAAGUCCUAAAACAACUUGUAAUAAUUUGUAUGAGAUGGCGAACUCAUAAGAUAUCAUACGACUUUGCUUAUAUGAAAAUGGAUGACUUUCAUUCCCAUAGAGGCCAACCAAUCAACAACCAAUUUUAAAUCUUUACAAUAAAGGCUUUACAUUUUAGCUGGCAUCCUAUCCAACACUUUAUAUUCAGAAAGGAACUGUCUUUGGAUACAUUUUAGACAUCUCAUAUUUAUUUGUGCAAUACAAAUUAUUGAUGUAUGUCGUUAACCUGAAAUAGGUUUUCAUCAUAUUGUUCCAAGCCCAAAUUAUUUUUUUUCUUUUUCUUUAAUGGUACACAACAGUGAUUGUUUUUUCCUAUUAAAUUGAUGGUUACGUUUAGGAUUGGGUUUGGGGUUAAAAUCAAAAUGGCAUUGUUUGUUGGUUUGUUAUUUUUCUGUAUGAGUCAAAAAGUGUAUUAAGAAAAAUUAUAGUUUUUUUUGGCACUAAACAAUUGACUAAUAUGAUAAGUUGACCUAUAUAAAUGUUGAAAAAAAGGCCUGAUAUGGGCCACUUUAAAUUUAUGAAAAGUAUAUAUAUAUUUUGGGAUUUGUGUUUUUUUUUUUUUGUUGUUUUUUUUUUUU